AUGCCAGAAAUUGAGUCAGGCUGGAAUCAGGGCAGGGUUGGUCAAUGGAUCAUUCAAUCAGGAGGAAACAGUGAUGUGAUCCUUCCUGCAACGGUACUUGAGGUACAGGCUGAAAUCAACGGUGCUGAUGAGUGGGUAAUGUCGGUACUGGAAGACGGUUACCGUAAGAGCGAAGCCAUUCCGUCCGAACAGAAAAAGUUACAGAAGGUUAUACAAGAACUAAGAAAUAACAAGGAGCUUGAAGGAUGUUUUGAUCCAAGAGUUGUUUCGAUUGGCCCCUUUCACCGUGGCAAGCCUGAGCUCGAAGAUGCGGAGAAGUUGAAGGCUACAUUCGCAUUCCACUUCUUUAAAGAAAGUGGCCGUGAUCCCAAAGAGUUCUAUAACAAAUUCUUAGAGUUGGUUGGGGAAGCUAAGGGCUACUACCUUGAUGGCUCAACAGAUAACUAUGAUGAUAACACAUUUGCCCAUAUGAUGUUCCUCGAUGGUUGUUUUAUACUGCGUUUUAUCGACGUUGUAUUAAAUCAAAAAGCAGAGGGUCUAUAUAUGUUUCGCAUCUUGGGGCAAGGAAGAGUAUCUAUGUUAGUCUCGGACUUGAUCUUGCUGGAGAACCAACUUCCAUUCCAAGUUAUCCGGGCCUUAAUGAGCAUUCGCUACAAAGAAGAUGAAGGAGAAAAUAUGAUCCACAGUUUUUUUGAAAAAUGGUAUGGUCUUGAAACAACCAGUAAGGGACAGGGACGGCAAGAUGAGCAGCCCCUUCACCUCCUAGGACUAGUGCGAGAAAAAUUUAUUCCCCACAAGAAGGAUUAUGCGAAAGACCGAAAUGCUCCUCAUAAGGCCCUUCGUCACUCCUUCGGUUCAGCAACAGAACUUAAAGCAAAAGGAAUACAUUUCAAGUCUAGCGGUACAUUUUGUCUAACAGACGUCAGCUUCACUUCAUCCUUUGGCUAUGGACAGUUGACACUUCCUCCAAUUGUAUCUAACUUGGCCUCCAAGUCCCUCUUCUUGAACAUGAUUGCAUAUGAAAUGGCUCCUAACACAUAUACUGAACUUGAGGUUAGCAGUUAUAUUUAUUUCAUGAAUUUACUCAUUAGUGGAGCCGACGACGUUAUUGAGCUGCGAUCUCAUAACAUAAUUUCUAACACCAUUUUUUCCAAUGAGGGAGUUGCAAAAUUCUUCAACACUAUGGCUUUGGCUGUCAUAGAUGCCAAUGUUUUUAUCCUUGAUGACGUUUGUAAUCGAAUUGAAGAGCACUUCACUAGCAAGGCAAAAACUUGGAUGGCUCAAGUCCUGCAUGAUCAUUUCAGUUCUCCGUGGACUACUGUGGCCUUUUUUGCCGCAAUGUUUCUUAUUAUCUUAAGCUUCACCCAAACCUACUUCCAAGUUUUUCCUCGCUCUACAAACUAAAAGUAAACGGGAGUUCAGGUGAGUUUCAAUUUCUCUUCUACAUUAUGAUGCCGAAACAAAUAAAUAUAUGGACAAAAGGGUGUUUGUUUCUAUACACCCAACAUUCCAUGUUUCUCCUUAAAUAAAUUGUAUGUGUGUAAAAGGUUUUCGGCCGUGGGAUUCUCUUAGAUUUUAGGGGCAUCCAUUCCCGGUCAAUCAAGUGUGUUUUUUUACAAGCAAUUAUGUUGCUAUAUGGUGUUGUAUUUCGUUUAUAGUUUCUGGCUCACAUCUUGUAAUGAAGAUUGAACAAAUAAUGUGAUGUUUACAUUAGAAGCA